GCUGGUCAUGAGAAAGUCAUGUGACCUUUAAGCGGCUUGUAAACUUUGAACUCGGCUGUGAAGGUAUCUUGAGCAUCAUGUCGCAGACCGAAGAAAUUGUUGAGCAAUGCCUUAAGAACUACACAUAUGUGUUCCAAAAAGAUAUUCUCAAGGAUAAGGUGGCAUUCAUCACUGGUGGAGGUUCAGGGAUAUGCUUCACCAUUGCAGAAAUCUUUAUGAGGCAUGGCUGUAACACAGUGAUAGCCAGUAGAAACUUCAGCAGGCUUCAAAAGUCUGCUAAGACACUUUCUUAUGUGACAGGUCAACGUUGUCUGCCUGUCCAAAUGGAUGUUAGACAGUCACAGACCAUCUUGAGUGCCGUGGACGCAGCUUUAAAAGAGUUUGGAAAGAUUGACUAUCUAAUUAAUGGUGCUGCAGGGAAUUUUUUGUGUGCUCUGGAUCGAAUGUCAUUCAAUGCAUUCAAGACUGUCAUGGAUAUUGAUGCACUUGGCACUUUCAAUGUUAGCAAAGUUGUUUUUGAUAACUAUUUCAAGGAACAUGGUGGAGUGAUCAUUAAUAUUACGGCAACAUUACACUUCAGAGGACAAGCCCUUCAAGGUCAUGCUGGUCCUGCCAAAGCAGCUAUAGAGGCAAUGACACGACACAUGGCAGUUGAGUGGGGGCAACAUGGUAUUCGUGUUAUGUGUGUUGCACCUGGACCAAUUGCCGAUACAGAGGGGUUGCGCAAACUGGGCGGAGGUUUAUUUCCUGAGCGUUUGAAAUUUAUUGAAGAGAAUAUUCCCAUACAACGAAUCGGUGAGCGAGUGGACAUAGCAGACAUCUGCCUCUUCUUAGUAACUCCAGCUGCAGCAUUGCUGACUGGAACCGUGGUGGUUGCUGAUGGAGGCUGCUGGCUUACUGAUGACAAUGGUCUGGCAAGAAUGAAACUGGUGAAGUCAGUGCUGUAAAAGCCAUGUUCAUUACAUUUGUGGCAAUGAGAAAAUGUAAUGUUUUAUUUUCAUCUCAUCAAUAUGAGAAUGUAUGCAGGUCUGAUGAGAGGGGAGGGAUGGGAGGGUCUGGUGUAACAUGGCCCACGGCUGUUAUGAGGGCCUGACCUUGGUCAGUGGAUUUUUUCCUUCAUUUCCUUUUCUUUCUCUUUUAAAGAAAGGUUGACGUAACAUUCCUCACUCAGGGGAUUUUUUCUGUGGAGCUGGGUACUACAACUUUGAUCCUUUAAUGUCAUUUUUCCUCAUUUACUAACCACUCACGUGUAAACAGCUCUAUGUUCAAGAAGUGAUGUAGAUCCUAGUGCACUUGUCCUAAUGUUUGCAGUGUACAUUACGUUACUGAAUGAAAUGUAGAUAUUGACAAAUCGAAUUGUAAAGCAUAUUAUAUACUGGGAAAAUAAUUUACGAUCACAAUUACAAGGGGCCUGGAGAGAUCGUCUACCUCGAGGCCCGAGCUGUCUCUUGGCUGCUCUGGAUGUAAAUAUAUUCCAAAUAAUUCUUUCAAAUGAAAUAUUGUUCAAGAAUGUUUUUAUAUCCACUGUGUGUGUCUGAUUUGAAAACAAGUAUGCAGAAUUAUUUAUAAUCAGGGACAGUUAUGUGAUUUUAAUGAAUAUGACAUUGAUUUUCAUGAAUAGGUGUGUUUAUUUGUCAAAGAUUAAUCAGUACGUACUGUAUUUCUGUGAAAAAAGGUUUGAAGAACAGCAUUUAAUGGAUUUCUUGUCCUUAAGUAGAAGGAGCUUUUCAUUUUUUUCUUCUGUGUCUGAUCAGAUGAAUUUUAUAUUAAAAAGUGAAGCAGAAAA